CUAUCGAUCUUCUUUUUAGCGGUUGAAUUUCAGAGGCAAACACAACAGAGCAAUUCGGCAAGUGACAGCAACACACGUUUUCCUCCAUCACUCGAUCAGAGCAGCACGGCGCAAGUGCGGCGAGUGUGACCCAGUAUAGACAGGAACAAAUUUCCAACAACGAACAACCAGAUAUAUUGGGCAGCUUUUUCGCAACGAACGUGACACGACAACAAACUCGAUUUCGAUUCGAUUUCGAUUUCUUCCAUCCGAUCCGAUUUGAUUUGCGGCGACGACUUACUUUUCCAUCGUUUUCCACGACAGAGUGUGAUUCUGUUAUGUCGGAAAGCACAUCGAACGCCGACGCCGACGGCGAUUGCACCUGCCCGAUCUGUCUGGAGUCGCUGACCCGUUCGGAGCGGGAAACCUACCCGUUGCCUUGCAUCAACUGCGAUUUCAAUUUCUGCAGCAACUGCGUCGAGAACUUCUGCGAGGCUGCUUCGCACGACUACCAGAUCGCCUCGGAUGGAUCCCGCCAAGUGAAGAUCACGGUGGCCUGCCCACAGUGCCGCAGCAAGUAUCCCGUCGAUUUGGAGGAAACCAUACUGCUGUUGCGUAGUGCCCACGCACUGGCCACUGCCAUUCUGACCAAGGAGACCGUGGACGAGUCCGGCGAAGACGGGCUGGCGUCGGCUUCUGCCUACAAGCUCAUUAGCGAUUCCGACUUAUCGGCCAGCCAGCUGGCACGAAAAUCCGAGUUCUCGAGGCAGAACGUGCGGAAUCGAUUGGAGGCGGCCUCUCUCUUGUACGAAAAGGCCGUGUCGAGCCGGAAGGUGGGAGACACCGAACCAGCGAAACGCCGGCGGGCGGAGGCCAAGGCCGUCUGGACGGCACUCCUGGACCAGCUCCCGCCAAACUCCUGCCGGUGCGACGCCUCCAAGCCCCGGUGCGACGGCUCUUGCGGGAGCCGCAACUCCAUCGAGGUCGUCCUGCAGUCCGACUGCAGCGUUGUGCCCGCCGCCAAACCGCAGCCGGUGGUGCUGCAGCUCGACGAGACCCUCUUUCAGGGAUUCGACGAAUUCAUGAACAGGGACGAGAAACUGUUUCUGACCGAUUUGUUCACGGGCGGGGACGCCAGGGAAGUGGCACAGGCCGCCCUCAUCAUGAACGGGGUCCGGCGGCUGGCCCUGUCGCCCUCCAGCAACACCAUAUCCCGCGGCAGGGGCGAGAGCAGCGGUCCGCCAAUGACCAAGCAACAACUCCAGAAGCACAUCGAUCGCAUCGAGCAAACCAAGCUGCAAUUCCCGUUGCCGAACCACAUGCCGGGGUACUUUUUGAUACCUGCCUACUCGUACCGAGAGGGAUACAUGACUCUCAGGGACCAGCAAUGGGACKGGACCAUCACUCCCCCCCCGCGGAGCAAGCGAGUCUUCGAGACGGUCUACGGACCAAACUACACACCGCCGGGGAAUCGUUCGUCGUAUCCUCUGACGGUGGCCGUUGUCCAUGCCGUCCGGGGCCCGAUCGGACGCCUCGGCCUCCGCAGGGGCGACGUGAUCACGCACGUGAACGACGCCGAAUGGAACGGGAGCGCCACCGAUUUGCAAAACUACAUCUACGACUGCCACCAGGGAGGAAACGGGAGCGAGCACGAAAUCAGCAUUACGGUCAAUGCCAAUCCCGAGACCUGCGAGUUUUUGCGGGUCCGGGCGGCGCUGAUGGCCAAGAAGGCCAGGGAACAAAAGACACGAACCCCGCAGCAGAAGCAGCAACGGGCCAGGGCGGCAAGGGGAGCUGCGGCGGACAAGAGGUAGCGCCGUGUCACAGCACGCACGCUGCCGUCCUGCCCACCCCGGAACGCUUCCCGGUGGUUUCGUACGAAUCGGUAGUGGGAGCGAGAAUUGCUAUGCUAGGCACUAUUUUUCACAGAACGAAACAGACUACGACAAUGAUAAUAUAUAAGACACUGUUAUCACACAAUAAGGUGCCACAAAAUCUAUGGAUUGUUGCGAUGAAUGAGACUAUCGCUAGGAUCGACGAACGGUUUCAUUCGAAGCAGACAGAUAGCGUUCCGUUCCAAGCCCGAAACCAAAGCAGGAGAACGGCGUGCCGCGUGUGGUGAGUUCUGCGUGGCCUCGCGGUGCAAGCAAACGAACGAGAAGGGCAGCAAUCUGCUUGCCGCGAAGAGGCUUUGUUCCUCCUUGUUUCAAUCCAUCUUGAACCCAAGACAACCGGCCCAAACAGAUCUAGUGACUCUCUAUCGAACACCCAAAACCAAUCCUCCCAAAGGAUGGUUCGAAACAAAUUUCAUUCCCCCCUCCCCUCGCCCACCCAUGGAUUCCUUUUCUUACAGGAAGAAGGGCAAACCCUAACUUAUACGUACCAAAAUUUAAAGAAAGAAAGUCUAAUGGCAUAA